AAAGAGCUGGAAAGGGGGGUUGGACGAAUUACAUUCAUGAACUUAAUGAUAGUUAUGGUUAUACGAAUUCUGCUGGAUUCGGAAGAUGAAAUCAACGAGCCCAUAAUCAAAGGUGAAACCCGUGAGCAUUUGACAAUCUUUUUGGGGAUAUUUACAAUGACUUUCUUCUUUGGUUGUUGGUGCUGCUUCUGCUGCGGUUGUUUGGUGUGCAGGUAA